AUUGCUGACUACAUGUUCUGGCUCUGCGGAGGACGUGAACAAUGCAUAAGCAAGCUCAUCAAACUGUACUGGCAGGCCAUGAUUGAGGAAGCCAUCACCAGAGCCGAGGCCUUCUCAGUUAUGUACACACCGUUUGCGACAAAAAUAAGACCUGAUAAAAUAGAAAAAGUGAAAGAGGUGUUCAGCAAAACUCACCCUGCCUAUGUGGAGUAUAUCUACACAGAUCUUCAAGGAUUGCACGUAUUGCCUCAGACAGCCGACUGGUCCUAUUUUCCUCCCCAACAAUAUCUGUUGACUCUUGGGUUCAAAAACAAAGGUGAUGGGAAAUUUUUAGAAAAAUUAUCAAGUAGGAAGCUGCCAGCUUUUACAGAAAAUAAAACUCCUUUCUGUCUGCUGACCAGAGAAGAUAUGGCCCGACACAUGGAGAUAUUGGAAAAGCGAAUCCUGCCCAUACUGGACUUUAUUAGAGGCACCCAACUGAAUGGGAAUUUCCACGUAUGCUCAGGUGUGAUGGAGAAGCUGCAAUACGCCAGCCUCCUCAGCCAGCUGCAGAGAGUAAAGGAACAGGCCCAGGUGAUCAAUCAAGCAAUGGCAGAGCUGGCAACCAUCCCCUAUCUCCAGGACAUCAGUCAACAGGAGGUGGAAUUGCUGCAGUCGCUAAUGGCAGAUACCAUGGACACCCUCGAAGGAGGAAAGAGCAAUGAAGAACGUGUGUGGAAUACAAUCCAAAAGGUAAGACUUUGAGCUGAGGGAAAAGAAGACAUCUUAUCCUCAGAGAAAAUGUCCACCUUGGGUCAAAUCUGUUUGGAAGAUAAAAAGAAAUGAA